GCCCGAGCGGCCGGCAGGGCUCACACACGGCCGGGAUGGACGGAGAGAGCUGGGUACCUCAGCCCUUCUCCCCAGGGCCCCCGGGCGGAGCGGGAGGCGGCGGCGGAGGGGCGGGCAGCGGCAGUGGGGAGAGCCCCCGCGGUGGUCGUGGGGCAGUGCUGCUACAUCCCGAGGUGCUGGACCUAGAUGAGGACGAGGAUGACCUGGAGGUCUUCAGCAAGGAUGCCUCUCUGAUGGACAUGAACUCUUUUAGUCCUUUGAUGCCAACAUCCCCUUUAUCCAUGAUAAACCAAUAUAAAUUUGAAGAUGAGCCAGACUCCAAGGACCUUUUCAUUACAGUUGAUGAUCCGGAAAGUCACAUUACUACAAUUGAAACUUUCAUCACCUACAGAGUUACAACUAAGACAUCUCGUGGUGAAUUUGAUUCCAGUGAAUUUGAAGUUCGAAGACGUUAUCAAGAUUUCCUUUGGUUAAAGGGAAAACUUGAAGAGGCGCAUCCCACCCUCAUUAUUCCUCCAUUGCCAGAAAAAUUCAUAAUGAAAGGCAUGGUGGAACGAUUUAAUGAUGACUUCAUUGAGACACGAAGAAAGGCACUGCAUAAAUUCUUAAAUCGAAUCGCUGAUCAUCCAACUUUAACUUUUAAUGAAGACUUCAAAGUGUUUCUUACUGCACAAGCCUGGGAGCUCUCUUCGCAUAAGAAACAAGGUCCUGGAUUGCUUACUAGGAUGGGGCAGACAGUCAGAGCUGUAGCAUCCUCAGUGAGAGGAGUUAAAAACCGCCCAGAUGAGUUCAAUGAAAUGAAUGACUAUAUGGGAACAUUUAGCCAGGAGAUAAAUUUAAUAGACAAAAUAUCUCAUAGAAUUUACAAGGAAGAAAAGGAGUAUUUUGAGGAAAUGAAGGAAUAUGGACCAAUCUAUACCUGGUGGUCAGCAUCUGAAGAAGAUCUGGUUGACUCCCUGAAAGGUGUGGCAAGCUGCAUUGACAAGUGUUGUAAGGCCACUGAAAGACGGAUAGUUGACCUUUCUGAGACACUGCUUCCAGUUGUACAUGAAUAUGUCCUUUAUAGUGAAAUAUUAAUGGGAGUUAUGAAAAGAAGAGACCAAAUUCAAGCAGAACUGGAUUCCAGAGUUGAAGCUUUGAAUAACAAAAAGGCUGAAAAGGAAUUGCUUACAGAAGAGAUCGGCAAACUAGAAGAUAAGGUGGAAUGUGCUAAUAAUGCUCUGAAAGCUGACUGGGACAGAUGGAAACAAAAUAUGCAAAAUGAUAUCAAGAUGGCAUUUACAGAUAUGGCUGAGAAAAAUAUCAGCUACUAUGAACAGUGCCUUGCCACUUGGGAGUCCUUCCUUACAACUCAAACCGACCUUCAUCUGGAAGAAAUAUCUGAAGAUAAGCCUUGAACAUACUUAAAGACUACUUGCCUAACCUUUGGUGAUAUAGUGCCUACCAACCAAAGACAUUCUUCAUGGGGUGGGCUGCGUUUAAUAUAACUGGGUCAAAAUGCAGUCACUGUAUCUGGAAAGCCAAUAAUUUGAAAACUCAGGUACUCCAUGGUUCUCACCUGCAUUUUGAUCAUGGUAUACAUAUAUAUUGCUUAGUUUUAAUUCAUUUAUCCCAAAAUUUUUGUCUUUAAGUACUUGCAUAUGGUAAUUGUUUUCUCAGGCAUUCUAUAAUUGGGAUGUGACAUUUUGAAUAGGUUGUAAAGACUACAUUGAAUAAAAAAAGUUUAAUAAGAAAUGCCUGAAAUUUGAUGAAUGGUUCCUAUCUGCACCAUCAUGUGUCUCAGAUGAAAUAUACUUUUGGCUCCAGAUGUCAUCUAUGUGUGAUGUAGAACAAUUUUUUUCUGCAUUGCUUGAGAGACUGAAUGUUGUUACUAAAUGAACACAGCAUUUGGAGUAAAAUGAGACCUAGAUCUGCAAGUUUUUCUGAUACCUAUUUAUGAUAUAACCAUUGAAACUUCUAUGAGCCUCAUAUCACUUAUGUGUAAGAUCAGGGGUUUUUGUAGUAGAUGGCUUCUGUGUUGAGUGUUAACUAUGUAAUAUCAUGAUCCUCAGCUGAAAUUAAGGAUUAUAACAAUCAGUACCAACAUAUCAGAGUUAUCAAGCUUAUCAAGUUUGAGAGUGUAUUUAAAAUGCUAUCAAAAUUUCAGUAUUAUUGCCUAUCUUUUGGGUGAACUCAGAAAUGGGAAAUAUUACCAAAAAGGAUAGUCUUAAUUUUCCUAAAAAAUUAUCUAAACUGUACAAUUUCACUUUUAUCUGAAGAUGAUACCAACAUUUGCUUUGGUUCCAAAUAGAUGUUCCAUCAGUAGAAUUCUGUUUAUCAUAUUAGGGCCUUCUUACAUUGACAAAGGAAAUCAAUGUCUUUUCUUUCCUCAUUAUGUCAAUUAAUAAAUAUGCCUUUCUCAGAAAGUCUUGAUGUUGACGUUACUGAAGCUUCUGUGGCAUUAAAUUAAACUGAGAACCUAGAUAGUAUCUCAGAAUUUACAAUCUGUGCGAUCUGAUGUUUAUGAUGCAUUCAGUAGCUUUCUGUUCAGGUCUUUUACUAUCUUGAUGCCACAUUCACAACCUGACAGCACUGUGGUGUAGUUUGCUCAUGAAUUAAGCAUGAGUUAACAAGUGUACUGGGAAUGUUCAUUUUUUAUUUCCUUGAUAUUUCUCAAAAGAAUCUGGGUUUUUUGAUAAUGCGUUUUUAUAGUGACAUGUUAAGAAGUAUUACAUGGCUCUAAUGAGAUAAAAAGUGGCCUUCAGAGUAGUUUGGAUAACUGUGAUAUAAUAAACUUCUUUAAAAAAAUAAGUACA